GAAGGGAAGCAAAUUGCCUAAAGGGUAAAAGCAAAUAAAGAAGCUGAUGUUGUAUGAGAGAGGGGGUGUAUUAAGAAAACAUGAAAAAGGCAAAAUAAUUAAGUGGUAAAUCUUAGAGGUGGGUGGAGAGAAAAAAAAACAAAUAUAUAAUGAUUAUUAUAUUUCCUGAAUAAGGGAGAAAUAAGGGAGAACGCCAGGCUCUCUCAUCACUCAAAAACAGGUCCGACAUCAUCAUCAAGCCUGCAGACAAAGGAUCAGUCGUCGUCGUCAUGGACCGCCAGCAGUACAUCGAUGAAGCCAUGAAACAUCUCAAUAAUCGUUCUCGCUAUGCACUCCUUGAUUCUGACCCCACUUGUAAUUUCUCCCUACAGAUCCAAUCGACACUGAAUGACAUGAAAGACAACAAGCAUCUCUCCGAGAAGGCCCACAAAUUUCUCUCCCCUACUAAUGCUAAACCUGCCCGCUUCUAUCUCCUCCCCAAGAUCCACAAACCUGGCAACCCUGGUCGACCCAUCCUCUCAGGAAAUGGUUCCCCAACAGAGAACAUCUCCCUUUUUGUUGAUUACCACAUUAAACCCCUUGUCUCACGUGCACCCUCUUACAUCCACGACACUCCAGACUUUCUCAGGAAACUCAAUGACAUCAAGGACCAGAUACCGCAUCAUGUGAAGCCUUGGCCGCCAGUGGCCAUUCCAGUCCCCCCAUUUCCGAUAUCAAAUCUCUGAUGUCUCAUGUACUAACAAAAAACAACUUCACUUUCAUGGACCAGCACUACCUACAGAUAUUCGGCACAGCAAUGGGCACUCGGAUGGCUCCUUCAUUCGCCUGUCUCUUCAUGACCAAGCUGGAACAGCAGAUGUUAGAUUCAGCCCCCUGUCGCCCAUGGAUUUGGUGGCGUUACAUCGACGACAUUUUCUUCAUCUGGACCAGGGAGGAAGAUAGCCUCCACACAUUCAUUGACCACAUCAAAUCCUUCCACAGGACCAUCAAAUUCACUUCUGAUUUCUCCCAACAGGAAACCC